UUAACGGCGGAGAUCUCACGCUCCGUCUCCGCAUCGCCGUCUGUAGGUAGCGCUCGCUAAACCCGCUCCUAUAUAAUCAGCGUACGCAAGCUUCUUCCGACCUUCUUCUCAUCAAGCAUCAGUUUACCAAGGCGGGAGAGCGAGAAGGAGACCCCGCGAGGAUGGUGGCGACGAAUCUCAAAUCGGAGACGACGGCUCUGAUGGAGAAGAGAGCGUCGAUAGAGGCCGAGAUGAAUGCGAUCAUCGAGUCUCUCUGCGGUCCCGGCGAUCCUGGAAUCUCCGGCGACCUCGUCGAUCGCGAGGGAUUCCCUAGGUCAGAUAUUGACAUCCCGGCCAUUCGAUCUCAGCGUGCUCGACUUGCUGCAUUGCGCAAUGAUCACAAGGAUAUCACCGAUAAAAUAGAAAAGAAUUUGCAAGUUUUGCACUCAGUAAGAGUGGCUAAAGUUGCACCAUUGCCUUCAAAAGAUUCAGAUACAUCAGUUUAUGUUCAUGAAAGUACAUCUCAAGAUUCUUCUAUGGGCGAGGAACCUAUUGUUAGGAUUCCUUUUGCUAUGAUUGAUGAAAUCGCUUAUGACUCACCCGCAGCAGAAGAUGGAUUGCAGCUUGGCGAUGAGAUCUUAAAGUUUGGGAAUGUGGAAAUUGGUGGUGAAUUGCAAUCAAGGCUCGUUUUAGAAGCACAGUCUAACCAGGGCCAUCCAAUAUCUAUGGUGAUCAUAAGGCAGGGUUCGGUAAUGAAUUUGAGUGUGACACCUAGAACAUGGCGUGGCCGUGGACUGCUGGGAUGCCAUUUUCAGAUCCUAUGAUGUGUCUCCAUUUGUGAGAACAGCUAGAUGGUGGACUUUGCUGCUGUUAAAUUAGUACAUUGAAAUAUGUGGCCAUAUCAAGUUGGGCGGUUUUCUCGAUCAUUUGCAUUUUCCUUAUCAGCUAAUGACACUACUCAUAUUUUGUAUGAUGUUCAGAUUUAUUGGUGGUGUUUGAACUAAAUAAACUCAUUCAGCCAAAAUCUGAUGAGUGGCAAGACCAGUGUAAUGAUGCUGCUUCAAAUUUACCUGAUGCCAUGCGAAGUGCCAUUCCAUGCGAAUUUUAGAU